UCAAUAUCUACUGUGUGAAAUUAAAAAUGUAGGUUUGUUUUUGCUAUAUACCAAAACAUGGCGGCAUAACCUCCUUAAUUUUUUAUUGGUGUUAUUGUGUGCAUUUUUAAGAAGAUCCAAUUGAUGUUAUAAUUAAGUAUUAUAAUAAAUUGGUCAUAACCAAUGUUAAAAAAUUGUGUGUAAUCAUUAAUAAAUUGUCAUCAUGGCGGAUGCGGCUGCGAGACAGUUGCAGUACGAGUACAAGGCGAAUUCAAACCUUGUACUCCAAGCUGAUGUGAGAUUGAUUGAGAGGAGAGGUCGAGAUGAGGCUACCGGGGAAGUUUUGUCCCUGUCUGGGAAAUUGGGAGGUACUCGAAUGGGAGACAGAGCACAAAGGACAAAACCUGACAAGGCUGAGGAAAGAAAGGCAAAACGUCAGAAACGUGAUGAAGCCUCGUACGAGCUGUCGAAGUCAAAGACCGGGCGCGCCAUGUGGGCGGACGAGGCGCCCGGCGUGCUGUACCGGCCGCGAGCGCAACACACGCGUCACGCUUACGAGCUGCUGCUGGCUUUCAUGCAGAGUGCCCUCGGAGAUCAGCCCAGGGACAUAUUGUGCGGAGCAUGCGAUGAGGUACUGAUAGUUCUCAAAAAUGACAAAUUGAAAGAUCCUGAAAAGAAGAAAGAAAUAGAAGCACUUCUUGGAGCCAUGCCUGAUGAGAGAUUUGCUCUAUUAGUUAAUCUAGGCAAGAAGAUUACAGACUUCAGUAUAAACACAGCUAGUGAGAGUAACACAGAAAUAGACGAAACAUACGGUAUCAAUGUACAGUUUGAAGAAUCUUCGGAGGAGGAUGAUGAGGAUGCAUAUGGAGAGGUCCGUGAGGAAGAUAAGGAAGACGGUGAGGGUACAGACAAUGAGCCGGACAAGGCCAGCAGCGGCGAGGAAGACAGCGACGGCGAGGGCAGGAAGAACGCGAUACACGCCAAUUUGUCAGAGGAGCAGAGCCAGAAGCGGCGCGACCUGCAGAUCCACCCGAUGGACAUCGACGCGUACUGGCUGCAGCGGCGGCUGUCGCGCUACUUCGCGGACGCGAUGGUGUCGCAGGCCAAGAGCGUGGACGUGAUGCGCGCGCUCGCCGACGCCGCCGACGACCGCGACCUCGAGAACCGGCUCGUGCUGCUGCUCGGCUACGACUGCUUCGAGUUCGUCAAGGUGCUCAACAAGUACAGAUACAUGAUUUUGUACUGCACAAAGUUGGCUUCAUCUCAGUCGGAGAACGAGAGAGCUUCCAUCAGAGAGGAGAUGUCGAAGCAACCUCAUCUCCAAAAGAUAUUGGCACAACUGGAGACAGGGAAGGGAGAAGACGAGACGGCGCAACAGUCGGAGGCGCCACGCAAGCGUCAUAAGUCGGAGUCAGAGGGCGGCGCGGGCGCAUCGGGCGCGGCGGGGGCGGCGGGGGCGGCGGGCGCGGCGGGCGGGCAGGUGGCCGGUGCGCGCCGCGUGGUGCAGCUCGAGGACCUGGUGUUCGCGGCCGGCUCGCACUUCAUGGCCAACAAGCGCUGCCAGCUGCCGCCCGGCUCCUUCAGGAAGCAGAGGAAAGGAUACGAAGAAGUUCAUGUUCCAGCCCUGAAGGCAAAACCUUUUGAUGAAGGGGAAAACCUGGUCGCCAUCGAUAAGUUACCGAAAUACGUACAACCUGCGUUUGAAUCUUUCAAACAUUUAAAUAGGAUACAGAGUCGUAUCUGCAAAGCGGCGCUGGAGUCGAACGAGAACCUGUUAGUGUGCGCGCCGACCGGCGCCGGCAAGACCAACGUGGCGCUGCUGUGCGCCCUGCGCGAGAUCGGCAAGCACGUCAACGACGACGGCUCCGUCAACGUGCAGGACUUCAAGAUCGUCUACGUCGCGCCCAUGAGGUCGCUCGUGCAGGAAAUGGUGGGCAACUUCAGCAAGCGUCUCGCCGCAUAUAACAUGAAAGUGUCCGAAUUGACUGGUGAUCACCAGCUGACGAGAGAACAGAUCGAGGCGACGCAGCUGAUCGUCUGCACGCCGGAGAAGUGGGACAUCAUUACUAGGAAAGGUGGCGAGCGCUCGUUCACGAACCUGGUGCGGCUGAUCAUCAUCGACGAGGUGCACCUGCUGCACGACGAGCGCGGGCCCGUGCUCGAGGCGCUCGUGGCGCGCACGCUGCGCACCGUCGAGCAGACGCAGGAGGAGGUGCGCCUGGUGGGUUUGUCGGCGACGCUGCCCAACUACACGGACGUCGCGGCGUUCCUGCGCGUCAGGCCGGAGCACGGGCUGUUCUAUUUCGACAACUCAUUCAGGCCUGUGGCACUGGAACAGCAGUAUAUAGGUGUCACGGAGAAGAAGGCGCUCAAGCGGUUCCAAGUGAUGAACGAUAUUGUCUAUGAAAAGACCAUGGAGCAUGCUGGAAGGAAUCAGAUCCUAGUGUUCGUGCACUCGCGCAAGGAGACCGGCAAGACCGCGCGCGCCAUCCGAGACAUGUGCUUGGAGAAGGAUACGCUCGGACAGUUCCUCAGAGAAGGCUCUGCGAGCAUGGAGGUGCUCCGUACUGAGGCGGAGCAGGUGAAGAACCCGGAGCUGCGAGAGCUGCUGCCGUACGGGUUCGCGAUCCAUCACGCCGGCAUGAGCAGGGUCGACAGGACGCUCGUUGAGGAUCUGUUCGCUGAUAGGCACAUACAGGUGCUGGUGUCAACGGCGACGCUGGCGUGGGGUGUGAACCUGCCGGCGCACACGGUAAUCGUGAAGGGCACGCAGGUGUACUCGCCGGAGAAGGGCCGCUGGGCCGAGCUCGGAGCCCUCGACGUGCUGCAGAUGCUGGGCAGAGCCGGCCGACCGCAGUACGACACCAAGGGAGAGGGUAUUUUAAUAACAAAUCACUCGGAGCUUCAGUACUAUCUCUCGUUGCUGAACCAGCAGUUGCCUAUAGAGUCGCAGAUGAUUAGCAAGUUGCCGGACAUGUUGAACGCUGAGAUCGUGCUCGGGUCGGUGCAGAGCGUGCGCGACGCCGUCACGUGGCUCGGUUACACUUACUUAUACAUACGAAUGUUACGUCAGCCGGCAUUAUACGGCGUCACACCAGAAAAAUUACAAGAAGAUAACUUAUUGGAGCUGCAUAGAGCUGAUUUAAUUCACACAGCUGCAUGCCUGUUGGACAAAGCUGGUCUAGUGAAAUACGAAAGGAAAUCCGGUCACUUCCAACCGACGGAGCUUGGGCGCAUCGCGUCCCACUUCUACUGCACGUACGAGACGAUGCAGUCGUACAACCAGCUGCUGAAGCCGACGCUCGGAGAGAUCGAGCUGUUCAGAGUUUUCUCACUCUCCGCCGAGUUCAAACACAUCGCUGUCAGGGAGGAAGAGAAAUUGGAGCUUCAUAAGCUUAUGGAGAGGGUGCCCAUACCAAUAAAAGAGAGCAUCGAAGAGCCGUCAGCGAAAAUCAACGUGUUGCUCCAAGCAUACAUAUCUCAGUUGAAACUGGAAGGAUUUGCUCUCAUGGCGGACAUGGUGUACGUCACUCAGUCCGCUUGCAGAUUACUUAGAGCGAUAUUUGAGAUUGUAUUACAUAGAGGUUGGGCGCAAUUAGUGGACAAAACAUUAGCUUUGUGCAAAAUGGUGGACAGAAGAAUGUGGCAGUCGAUGUCACCGCUCAGACAAUUCAGAAAGAUGCCUGAAGAGGUAAUAAAAAAGUUAGAGAAGAAAAACUUCCCAUGGGAGAAGUUGUACGAGCUUGGUCCGAACGAGAUCGGCGAGCUGGUGCGUGCGCCGAAGCUCGGCAAAAUGAUUCAUAAGUAUGUGCACCAGUUCCCCAAGCUGGAGCUCGCCACUCACAUACAGCCCGUCACCAGGUCCACGCUCAGGGUGGAGCUCACCAUUACGCCCGACUUCCACUGGGAUGAGAAGAUCCACGGUCAGUCGGAAGCGUUCUGGAUCCUGGUGGAGGAUGUGGACUCGGAGGUGGUGUUGCACCACGAGUAUUUCCUGUUGAAGGAGAAAUACUGCAAGGAUGAACAUCAGGUGAAGCUGUUCGUGCCCGUGUUCGAGCCGCUGCCGCCGCAGUAUUUCCUCAGGGUCGUCUCUGACAGGUGGAUAGCGGCGGAAACCCAACUGCCGGUGUCGUUCCGUCAUCUAAUCCUUCCGGAGAAGAACCUGCCGCCGACGGAGUUGCUAGACCUGCAGCCGCUGCCGAUCUCCGCGCUCAGGAAUCCCAAGUACGAGGAGCUCUACAACGAUACCUUCCCGCAGUUCAACCCAGUGCAGACUCAGGUGUUCAACGCGGUGUACAACUCUGACGAGAACGUGUUCGUGGGCGCGCCGUCGGGCUCGGGCAAGUCGGUGGUGGCGGAGCUGGCGCUGCUGCGGCUGCUGCACACCAGCGCCGCCGCGCGCGCCGUCUAUCUGCUGCCCAAGGACGCGCUCGCAGACAUCGUCUUCGCUGACUGGUACCACAAGUUCGGCACGCGGUUCAAUCUCAAGGUGGUACAACUGACUGGUGAAACAGCUACUGAUCACAAACUACUUAACAAAGGGCAAAUUAUAAUCACCACUGCAGAUAAAUGGGACAUACUAUCUAGACGAUGGAAGGUGCGCAAGAGCGUGCAGAGCGUGUCGUUGUUCAUAGUGGACGCGCUGCAGCUGCUCGGCGGCGAGGAGGGGCCCGUGCUAGAGGUCGUCUGCUCUCGGAUGAGAUACAUCGCCUCGCAGAUAGGGCGUCCCAUCCGCAUAGUGGCGUUGUCGCUGCCGCUGGCGGACGCGCGCGACGUGGCGCAGUGGCUCGGCUGCAACGCCAACGCCACCUUCAACUUCCAUCCCAGCGUGCGCCCGCUGCCGCUCGAGCUGCACAUACAGGGCUUCAACAUAUCGCACGCGGGUUCCCGCGUGGCGGCGAUGACGAAGCCGAUCUACAACGCGGUGUGUCGGUACGCGGGCGCGCGGCCGUGCGCGGUGUUCGUGCCGUCGCGGCGCCAGGCGCGGCUGCUGGCGGCCGACCUGCUGGCGCUCGCCGCCGCCCACGGACGGCCCGCGCGCUUCCUGCACGCCAGCGCAGACCUCGUGCAGCCCUUCCUCAACAAGAUACAGGACAAGAUGCUGAAGGAGACGCUGGGCGCGGGCGUGGCGUACCUGCACGAGGGCGUGGAGGCGGGCGACCGGCGCGUGGUGCAGCACCUGGUGGAGUGCGGCGCGGCGCAGCUGUGCGUGGUGUCGCACGAGCUGGCCUGGGCGCUGUCCGCGCAUCUACACACCGUCAUCGUCGCCGACACCUGCACAUACAACGGCAAGCUGCACUCGUACGAGCAGUACCCGAUCACGACAGUGCUGCAGAUGCUGGGCCGCGCGUGCCGCCCGCUGGAGGACGACCACUCCGUCGCCGUGCUCAUGUGCGCCGCGCAUCACAAGACAUUCUUCACUAAGCUGCUCAACGACUGUCUGCCGCUUGAGAGUCACCUGGACCACAGACUACACGACCACAUGAACGCGGAGAUAGUGACAAAAACCAUAGAGAAUAAACAGGACGCUGUCGACUACCUGACGUGGACGUUCCUGUACCGCAGGCUGACGCAGAACCCCAACUAUUACAAUCUGCAGGGAGUCACACACAGGCACUUAUCCGACCACCUGUCCGAGCUGGUGGAGACGACCCUCACAGACCUGGAGCAGUCGAAGUGCAUCGCGAUCGAGGACGAGAUGGACGUGCAGCCGCUCAACCUCGGCAUGAUCGCGUCGUAUUACUACAUCAACUACACCACUAUAGAACUGUUCAGUUUAUCACUGACCAACAAGACGAAGAUUCGCGGCCUGCUGGAGAUCAUAUCCUCGGCAGCAGAAUACUCUGACCUCUGCAUCAGGCACAGGGAGGAGAAUAUCAUCAAGGCACUUGCUUCCAAAGUGGCGCACAAGCCGGCGGCGACGUCGGGCGGCGCGGUGAAGUACAACGAGCCGCACGUGAAGGCGCACGUGCUGCUGCAGGCGCACCUGUCGCGCAUGCAGCUGCCCGCCGAGCUGCAGGCCGACACCGCGCUCGUGCUCACCAAGGCGAUCAGGCUGAUCCAAGCGUGUGUGGACGUGGUGUCGAGCAGCGGGUGGCUGUCGCCGGCCGUGGCCGCCAUGGAGCUGGCGCAGAUGGUGACGCAGGCCAUGUGGGCUAAGGACUCGUACCUGCGACAAUUGCCGCACUUCACACCUGAACUUGUGCAGAGGUGUGCUGAGAAGAAUGUAGAGACGGUGUUUGAUGUAAUGGAGCUAGAAGACAACGCGCGAGCCAAGCUACUGCAGCUGUCGCCCAACGAGAUGGCCGACGUGGCUCGCUUCUGCAACCGGUAUCCUAACGUGGAACUGACUUACGAGGUUAAAAACGAGCGUCACCUGCGCGUAGGCAAGCCCAUUGUCGUAGAAGUGUCGCUAGAGAGGGAGGACGACAUUGUGGGACCGGUUAUUGCACCUUUCUUCCCGCAGAAACGCGAGGAGGGUUGGUGGGUGGUGAUCGGAGACCCGAAGACAAACACGCUGCUGUCUAUCAAGAGAGUAUCGCUCGCGCGGAGUGCCAAGGUGCGCCUGGACUUCGUGUGCGGCGCGGCGGGGCGCCACUCCUACACGCUGUACUUCAUGUCGGACGCGUACCUCGGCGCCGACCAGGAGUACAAGUUCACCGCCGACGUCGCUGAGCCGCGCUCCGACUCUAGCGACUCCGACUGAACAACCACCAUACAAAUAUAUUUCUAAUGUACCACGUUAAUAUAAGGGCAAAUAUAUGAUUUAAGGACCA